GGCGGCGGGGGGCGGCCAUGGUGUCGCCGGCGGCGCGGCUGGUGGGGCAGGGUGUGUGGGCGGCGCUGACCGGCGGUUGGUACCACGACCCGGAGCAGGGCGCCUUCACCAACAGCUGCCAUCUCUAUCUGUGGCUCUUCCUACUGACGCUGCCCCUCGCCAUGCACCUGGCUUGUCCAGCAAAUUCAGUUACAGCUUUUGCAUACUGCAGCUUAGUGACAGUGUUCUUCACAGCAAUUAAGGUGAUCAGUUACCGUCUGCACCUUAUGUUUGAUAAAGGCGAAGCAAUUCAACAACAGGUCCCAAGAAAAAAUGGAAGGCAGUGUAAAGAUGCAGAGGUCCCAAAAGAAAACACAGUUCUUCAGCCCUCAAAUCAUAGCAAUAACGUUGGGGAUAAUGGUGUAAUUGGUGAGACCAACCAAAAUGGCUCUACCCCUACAAUACACGACAGUUUGAGGCUAGAAGCUCUUCACUCACAGAGCUCAUCUGGGGCAACGGACCUGCCAACACGGGAAACUAUUGAAGAUCUCAAAGGGAUUACAGUAUUAGAAGACCAGUCUGUACCACCAAUUUCAUCUACCUCACCUGGUAUCAAAGGAGACAUAUUACCAGUUUCCUCAGCCUCUGCUUCAGGUUCUACAACAUCAGCAAUAGUGUCAAAACCAGCUGCUGUGGAAACACUUCCUGGAACUGGAAUAAAUCAAAGCGGAGAGAAUGAGCAACAUGGAUCACAAGUUGUUCUCAUGGACAAAGAUGCAGCUAAAAAUUUCUCUAAUAUUUCUUCAUCACAAGGUGACAUUAUAAGGACUGGAGUUUCUUUGGAACCAUGGGACAGUGAAAAUUCGGUUAUUUCAGACCAUUUAAGUAAUCCGAGAAACCAGAAAAGAGAGAAAUUACCAGAUGGCUCACUGCAGGCAAGCUUUACCAGUAACUGCCCACAGUGCAGUGCUUUUGCAACCAAAGAUCCUGAGCUUGUGGAAAGUUCUUGCAGUGCUGAUAGUACCAAUGAAGACCUUGACUGCUCAGAUAGUGAGACUGCUGUUGCAAUUGUUGACAACUCUCUUCCUGGAGACCAACUGUGUGAGCCCAUUAAAAUUGUCAUCACAAUGAGCAGCACACCAAACAGCACCCUCAGUGAUCUAGCAGGCUCUGUCCAUCUGAGGGCUCUGGGUACUGAGAGAACAAGCUCAGCUCUUGAGUCCGGUAUAGUCACAGCAGAUUGGCAAAGUCAGCAGACUAAUGAACAGCUCAGAAUUCCUGUUAUAACUUUUGAUUUGUCUGAUGACAGCAAAGGUAACGACUACCCAGAAAUUAGUGAAAGAACUCCAGAAAUGUUGAGGACUGAUCUGUCAUCCAACCAUUGCUCUGGCUAUGAAUCUGGUGAUGGAGUAAAAGAACACAGCAAUCCAGUAAAUGCUCCUUCAGAAAUGAACACUUGUUCAGAUCCAAAUCAGAAGAAGGCUUCUGAAAGUGUCCAAAACAUGGGUUUGAAUCCAAAGGAAGAAUUACAGAGCCUAGAUCCUCAAUCCUGUAGAACUGCUCAUGAAAAGAGGCACAUGCGGGUGCUGAGUGUAGACAGUGGUACAGAUGUGCUUUUAAGUAAGAAUUCAGUGGAGGCAUCUGACAAAGAGAAGACUUUACCUACUUCUAAAUCUGAUCUAGAAGCUAAAGAAGGACAGGUACCCAAUGAGUCAAAUUUUCUAGAGUUUGUCUCCCUUCUGGAAUCCAUUAAUACCUCAAAGAUGAAGGCAUCUAAUCAAUCUACUGUCAAAAUGGAGGUUACAAAAGAAAAUGUCCCUGCUGGAGAUAGCCAGACAACAGAGAGAAAAGAAGAAGUGAUGGGAACAGAAAAGCACCGUGAGCAACUUCCUAAGCAGGAAAGAUCAGAUGUACAAAGCCAAGAUCGUGCUAGUACUAGUCCAGUACUACCAGAGUCUGCCAAAUUUACAGCACUUUACCAGGGCAACAGGCAAAGGCAGAUAAUCUACCGAGUAACUUCUCAGCAAGACAGUUCUGUCUUGCAAGUAAUAAGUGGACCUGAGGCGUCUGUACAAGAUGAGCUAUCCGUGGAUGCAAUGCAUGUGUUCAUAGAUGAAAAUGGGGAAAUUAGGUCCUGUUAUUUAAAGGCUGGCUGUCAGAAGGAAGGAAAUUUUCGACAUCAACUAUCAAACUGUGAUUGCAUUUCAAAUGCUCAUGAAAUACAGUUCAGUUCUUCUAGUACCACCACUUCAGAGAGCCAAGAACCAUCUUCUGGGGAUCAGGCAGCAAGUGCUCUGCAGCAGCAGCUCCUUCUAAUGGUGGCACGAAGGACCCUCUCAGAAACCCCACGGGCAACCAGGCUUCUGGAUGUCUACUGUGGAAUGUCAAAGCCACAUCUCUCAAUGCAGCUGAUAAAAGAAAAAAGCCCUCAGAGUUCUUUUAAGAUGCAACCCAGUCAGGAACCUGAAGAUUCUUCAUGUUCUUCAGCACAACGGAAAUUGAACAGGCAGUUUUACCAAUUUAUCAUAUUCCCUGGUAAAUGGAUUAAAGUCUGGUACGAUCGGCUGACCUUGUUGGCACUGCUGGACCGGACAGAGGAUAUAAAGGAGAACGUACUUUCUAUUCUCCUAGUAGUUCUCGUUUCACUGCUUGGAUUCCUGACUCUAAACCAAGGCUUUUGCAAAGACAUUUGGGUUCUGUUGUUCUGUCUCGUUAUGGCCAGUUGCCAGUAUUCUCUCCUAAAGAGUGUCCAGCCUGAUCCUGCUUCACCAGUACAUGGGCACAAUAAAAUCAUAACCUACAGCAGACCUGUUUAUUUUUGCCUAUUAUGUGGCCUUAUUUUGCUGCUAGAUGCUGGAUCUAAAGACACAAAUCCUUCAGUUUAUACAAUGUAUGGCUUGAAGCUUUUUUCUCCUAGAUUUCUCCAGUCAGCCAGAGACCAUAUAAUAGUGUUUUUAUAUUGCUUUCCUGCAAUUUCCCUUCUUGGUCUUUUCCCUCAAAUCAACACCUUCUGUAUAUAUCUUUUGGAACAAAUAGACAUCUUGCUUUUUGGUGGUUCUGCUGCCUCUGGAUUAGUGUCUGCACUCUACAGCAUUUCCCGAAGCUUCGUGGUUCUGACUGUCCUGUAUGCAUUUUGCUUCAGUGCAGUGAAGGAACCCUGGGAUGCACAGCACAUUCCAGCAUUGUUUUCUGCUUUCUGUGGUCUGCUAGUUGCACUUUCUUAUCACCUCAGCAGACAAAGCAGUGACCCAUCUGUACUGAUGUCCCUAAUUCAAUGCAAAUAUGUCCCUCACUUUCUGCGUCAACAAUUUGAAGAUUCAUCAGCAGAUCCACUCCCAGAAAAAAUGAGAGAAUCAGUGAAAGAAGUUUUGAAAUCGGAUCUCAUUGUCUGCACAGCAGCAGCUGUUCUGUCAUUUGCUGUGAGUGCCAGCACUGUGUUUCUAUCAUUAAGGCCAUUUCUCAGCAUUGUCCUGUUUGCUUUAGCAUGGACUGUGGGAUUUGUAACACAUUACAUACUUCCUCAGCUUCGCAAGCAUCACCCCUGGCUGUGGAUCUCCCACCCCAUACUUAAAAGCAAAGAACACCAGCAACGGGAAGUGAGAGAUGCUGCUCAUUUAAUGUGGUUUGAAAGGCUGUAUGUGUGGCUUCAGUGCUUUGAGAAAUAUGUCUUAUAUCCAGCUAUAAUAUUGAAUGCCCUCACCAUUGAUGCUUUCUCCAUUAGUAAAUACAAGAAGCUUGGUACACACUGUGAUAUUAUCUUGAUAACAGUUGCUGGGAUGAAACUCCUCCGUUCUUCAUUCUGCAAUCCUAUUAAUCAGUUUGUUACUUUGAGCUUUACUGUAAUCUUUUUCCAAUUUGACUACAGAGACAUUUCAGAAAAUUUCCUGCUAGAUUUCUUCAUGAUGUCCAUCGUGUUUCACAAGCUGUGGGACCUGCUGCAAAAGUUGCAGUUCAUCAUGACAUACAUCGCUCCCUGGCAGAUUGCCUGGGGGUCAUCGUUCCAUGUGUUUGCUCAGCUCUUUGCAAUACCUCACUCUGCCAUGCUUUUUUUCCAAACUCUGGCCACUUCAGUCUUUUCUACUCCACUGAGUCCAUUCCUUGGUAGUGUCAUCUUUAUUGCAUCAUACGCAAGACCGAUCAAGUUCUGGGAGAAAAAUUACAACACCAAAAGGUCGGACCAUUCCAACACAAGACUGGCUAUUCAGAUCGAAAAAGAUGCAGGAAAUGAUGACAAUAAUCUCAACUCAAUUUUUUAUGAGCAUUUGACAAGAUCGCUGCAGGAGUCGCUUUGUGGAGAUUUGAUUCUGGGCCGCUGGGGAAACUACAACACAGGAGACUGUUUUAUUCUAGCAUCAGAUUAUCUAAAUGCAUUUGUGCACUUGAUUGAAAUUGGGAAUGGCCUGGUCACCUUUCAGCUCAGAGGGCUGGAAUUUCGAGGGACAUAUUGCCAGCAGAGAGAAGUGGAGGCUAUAACAGAAGGAGAUGAAGACGAUGAAGGCUGCUGCUGCUGUAAGCCAGGACACUUGCCUCACUUGUUAUCAUGUAAUGCAGCCUUUAACCUCCGAUGGCUGACAUGGGAAAUAACACGAACCCAGUACAUCCUUGAAGGAUAUAGCAUCAUUGAUAACAAUGCUGCAACGAUGCUGCAAGUGUUCGAUCUGCGGAGAAUUCUUAUCAGAUACUACAUAAAGAGUAUAAUAUACUUUACAGCAAGCUCUCCCAAAAUUCUUGAGUGGAUAAAAGAUGAAUCCAUCCAAAAGACGCUGCAGCCUUAUGCAAAGUGGCAUUAUAUUGAACGUGACCUUGCAAUGUUUAACAUUAACAUAGAUGAAGACUAUGUUCCUUGUCUACAAGGAAUAACAAGAGCUAGUUUUUGCAGUGUUUAUCUGGACUGGAUUCAGUACUGUGCCAGGAAAAGGGCAGAGCACUUGGACAGCGAUGAGGAUUCUCCACUAGUAACGCUUUCCUUUGCUUUGUGUAUACUGGGCCGAAGAGCUUUGGGAACUGCAUCUCAUAACAUGGCCAUCAGCUUAGACUCCUUUCUGUAUGGCCUCCACGCACUGUUCAAAGGGGACUUUCGGAUAGCAGCGAAGGAUGAGUGGGUCUUUGCAGACAUGGAUCUGUUGCAUAAGGUCGUCGCCCCAGCGAUCCGCAUGUCUCUGAAGCUCCAUCAGGACCAGUUCACCUGCCCGGAUGAGUAUGAGGACCCAGCAGUUCUGUAUGAAGCAAUACAAUCUUUUGAAGAAAAGGUUGUUAUCUGCCAUGAAGGUGACCCAGCCUGGCGCAGUGCUGUCCUCUCCAAUAGAGAAGAGCUGCUGACCCUGAGGCAUGUGGUAGAUGAAGGAGCGGAUGAAUAUAAAGUUAUCAUGCUUCACAAAAGCUACUUGAGCUUCAAGGUUAUCAAGGUCAACAAGGAGUGUGUCAGAGGACUGUGGGCUGGGCAGCAGCAGGAACUAAUCUUCUUGCGCAAUCGUAACCCAGAGAGAGGGAGCAUCCAGAACAACAAACAGGUCUUGAGGAACUUAAUUAAUUCUUCAUGUGAUCAGCCACUGGGAUAUCCAAUGUAUGUUUCCCCUUUAACCACCUCAUACCUUGGGACACACAGCCAACUGAGGAACAUAUGGGGGGGACCAGUCAGUUUGGACAACAUUAAAAAGUGGUUCAGAUCCAAAUGGUUAAGGAUGCGUAAGGACUGUCAUGCAGCUCACCAUGACAGAGGCAACGUUGAAGAAGCAGAUACUGGAGGAGCAUCUGGCAGCACAGGUAACUCAAGCCAGAGUAGCAGCUCACAGCACACCAGAGAUGGAACCCCUCAGUUGCAGCCUUCAUCGCAAGAGGCCCACCAGCGUGCAGGCAGGAGGAAACACAGGAGUCAGUCUGUCCAGGCACACGCUGCUUUAAACCAAAGGCCCCCUGUUUCAAGUCACUCUGGACCAAUCGCAGAAAGCCGCCAGCCUUUCAUGCAGACAUCUACAUCUGCCCACGAGAUCGCCCAGCGGCUCUCAAGCAGCCAGCUGUCACUCCACAACUCGGCCACGUCUGUGUUUUCUCAGUCCCCUGCUGUUCCCACUGCUGGCCAGCUGACUGUGCAGGACCGAGCUGCUGCGAUGCUCAGGUCCAGUCUGGCCUCGUCCACCAGCUCCACUCUCAGCCUGCUGUUCGGCAAGAGAAGUUUUUCAAGUGCUUUGGUGAUUUCUGGGCUCUCAGCUGCAGAUGGAGGUAACACCAGUGACACCCAGUCGUCCAGCAGCAUGAACAUCGCCAUGGGUCCGUCUGCUAGAGCAGCAAGUCAGGGAACUCGGCAGCUCACUGAGACCUGCGAUGCGACUGAUGCGACAGAAUCGAAACCGCGUCGAGAGCAAGGGCUGUCCCAUGCCAUACUCAUGAGUCAGACCCUGGAGUGCCGAAGGGCCAGCCAGGAAGACAUGGCCCUGGAAGACACAGCCUCCCAGCAAAGCCUGUCUGAGGAGCAGUAAGGAUUAUUGGUAGCGCGAGGGCCACACGUUUCUCAGAAUUCAAGACAGAGUUAAGUCAGGGAGCUGCAGGUGGGUUUAUGUUCUUUCAGAUUUAACACGUAACCUCCAAACGUUUAUUUUUCUAACUUUUAAGUAGGAAUAUGACAGGGCACGAGUUCUUCAGUUAAAGGCUUUUGGCAUGGGUAGGGUUGGAAGAUGUUCUAAAAAUCAUGGUGCCACUUCAUCUCAGGUUCUUGUAAAUCCUACAGCAAUGAACACAGCCUGUGUGACAUUCCUUCCCAUGCAGAGGCACUGACCCACUAGUGGUGACAAAAUAAAGUGUAACAGGUGGUGAAUGAAUGAAUACAAUAGGAGAUACUAACACAACUUAGUGAAAAGCACACGAGACACCUUUCCUGCCAUAGCUAGACAGCUGAUUGCAUGCAAACUAAUUGGCAUUUGAUAUAUAAUGUAUAACAAAAGACAGCUUUGAAGAGAAGCAGUGAACAUGUACAAGGACAGUACAACGUGUGCUGGAACAUUAGACAUAAAUCUGAUUUUUCUUCCCCAACAGCAAAUCUCUUUAUUUUCCUCCAACACGUUAUGCAGGUGGUAAUUAUGAAUAGCAACAUAGCAUCACGCAGACUGAUAUACUGCAUGCAGCUAUACUGAAACUUUGUGUGAACGAACCUUGCUAAACACAUUAAUAAAAGUCAAGCGCAAGAAAGAAAGUAGCCAGUGCAUGGAAAGCCUUCACAAAGCAUAUGGUGCACCUUAUUUGCAAAGAAAGCAGCUCUCUAUUAACAGCUGCUCUUAGGUAUAAUCUCAUGCUCCUGUUUGGUUUAUGACAGUGUUUCUCAAACUGCAGGCAACCAGCCCUCCUGGGAGAUGCAAAAGGGCCCGGGAGAGUUCUCCCUGAGGACAGCAAAGUGCAAAGCAGGCUGUAAUUACUGUCUGUGUUUGUAUUGGGCAGGGAGCAGCUCGAUGCCUUUAAUUGCUGGACACAGCUCAGUGUCCGUAAACACGUGUAGCCAGUAAUUACACAGAGCUCCAAUUUCCCUCCCCCAGAGAAACUGAGCUGCUGCCAGUUUAACAGUUGCAUAAAGACAGAUGAAGCAAAAAGAGAGACUGUGCUUUCACAAAGUUUGAGAAAUACUGAUUUACAGGAAUGCAUGACUGUUUUGGAAGCCAGAAGGCUACAACAAAUCCUUAAUGUAACAUAGGGCAUAAACACAUGCGUGUUUUGGUUUUUUUUUUUUAAUUAAAAAAUUUGCAGCUAUCUGUGUUUUGCUGUCCCUCUUACUGUAACUACCACGGGCUGUUUCUAAUUCCCCUCAUGAUAAUGUGCAGCCAGGCUGUCCCAGUUAACAAGGAAGCUUUAACGAGAGAUGCCCCACCUAAGAGUUAUUGGCAUUAGAUGAUACACUGUUGCAUUCUAGCUUCCUAGCGUGCCACACUUGAGAUGACAAGCAGUAGAACCAAAUAACAGCAAGUGAAAAUAAAACCAUCCAAAUAUGCUUUGCGUGGUAGCAGUUUUCCAGUUUCCUCUUUUAUUUUGAAUUCUUUUCACUUUCUACUUGUUAUGCAAUGGAGAAAUCUAUUGUUUUUCUUUCAUGUAGAUCUUGACAAAUUCAUUCCUUAUAAUGCUCAGCAUAAUCUAAGCAACAUUCUGCUUGCGUUUACAGGCGCAAAAGCAGAUUGAUACCAUGUAUUCCCUGAGACACACAGCCAUCAGUGUAGCUCAGGCCGUGCUGCUGCCUCCUGCAGCCUCCACAUGUGAUGUGGAAGAACAACCUGAGUACAGCUGCUCCUUUCUGACCACUUCUGGCACAUACGACCUCUCCCACCACCCUGCUGGCAGCGUGCUUGGCACUCAUUACACAGGACAAAGAAGUUAUGGGUGUAGGUGGGGGACUCUCAGUUUCAGGCACCAGCCCUAUUUCUCCUUUAGGGGCUUUGCAGUCUCCUGGGAUAAGCCACCAACACUGUCUUUCUGGGCUGUUAUGCGCAGAAGUGGGGCAAAUAGCUGCAGAAAGCACUAAGCUUUCCCAGGUUAGCCUCACCCAGGCUUAUGAUUGUCAAAUCUUAAACUAAAACUUGAAUUAACUUCUAUCAAAAACAACUUUGUUGGUCUCAACCAACCAAAAUUAUUCUGUGCAUCUACUUCAAGCAAACUAAACCACAUGAGAAACAGCUGCCCUUCUUCUGGCUGCAUUCACUUGACACCAAUGGUGACACGUUCCACCAUCACCGCUUCUUCAAGAGACUCACCCAUAUCCAUGGCCUCUCUGCACCCUAAGAAAAACAACCACCUCGGAGUUCCUGUCUGAGGUAAAUCCACCAGGGCCUGGAGGACACGAGGUGCAAUGAGGCUCAGGCUCCUGCUGUGCAGGGCAGCUGCCAGAACAGGCAACUCCUAACUUCCACGUGCAGGCACAGCACACAAGCAAGACUGGGAUUCAAACAGAAGUGAGUUCUUUUAGUAUCCUAAUACAGGUUUUCUUUUUGCUAAAGGUGUUACUGUAGCACAGCGGGUUGAAAAGCAGAAGAGGGGCCAUUACUAAUAGUAUCAAUUAAAAAAUAACAACAACAAACAAUAACCAAAGAUGGCAGCAGAAACUCUCCUCAAUGUUGCAUUUCUACAUGAUUUUGGAGAUAGCAGGGCUGAUGUUACUAAAACUGCUGCUAUGUGCAGUGUUUUUAGAUGUGGUCCAAUCCCACAGAAUUAUCACACGCGAUGGUUAGAAAUAAAACCUGCAACCGGGUACAAGGUUGUACUGACUCUAAAAAACAUGAGGUAGAGACAAACCCAGUUAAUUAUUCUACAUCAGUAUGUGAUGGAAGAUACAUUUAACACAUCUUUUCCUUGGAAGAAAUCUGUCCACCAGAGCAGUCAGUACAUACAGUUCUUUCAUAGAGAUGGCAGCAGGGAUGACGAGAUGGAGCCCCCACCUGCUGCUCAGCUUGUCCCCAGACAAUAGCACUGCUGCUGAAGAGAAACAUGGCAUGGUUUAAUCCAUGCUGCCUUGACGAGCCCCUCAACAUGAGAGAGCAGGGAGGAACACAUCCAGCAAGUACAGCAAGCUCCAAGCAGGAGGUUGACAACUGUAUGGUGCAACAAGCACAGGUACAGCACUUCAGCCCUUAUGUGUGUGUGUUAUAAAGUGUGGGACAUUCACCACCUGCCCUCAUUUUGCUUUCCUAAACUCUCUUUUCACUGGUGAGCUCUUGUUCACAUCACACAGUGAAAGCUGAGUGAUAAAAUCCUAAGGGUGAAACAUGCCCAGAGCAGGCCAGAAGAUGUUAGUAGCACUUUACCAAAGCCAACUGGAAGCUGCAGAACUGCUCACAGCCACCAGGAAUGCCAGCAAGCCCUCAGUGUGGCCUUCAGACCAGCUGGUUCCUACCACAGGAAGCAAGAAGCAAACAGUGAUGGGCACUAUUCCCAAAAGUAAGUUCAUUCCAAAAUACAAAUGCCAUAAGUCCUGCACGUCCCUCUAUUUUGAAGUGUUUAAAAAGGUUUUAUAUAUGUAUACAUACAUACAUGUACAGGUAAGGAACUCGAGCUGCCACUAAAAAGUCUCACCUUGUUUCUGCACACAGAAAAUUUUGACAUUCAUGGCAUUUAAGACAAACAUUAUCGAAAGCACUUACCUACCACUGGGAUUCUUUAUCCCUUGCUAAGACAGACAGGUACUCUUAGUCUAAAACUCUGAAGUUCUUGGAGUCUCUGCAAUGCUACCUGCAUUUUUAAAGAGCUAUUAGUAGCAUUUGGUUCCAACUCAAGUGACUGCACUUCUCUUGCUGGGGAAUUUAAGUUAAAGAUUAGCUGAAUUCUAUGCAACUCGUAGAAGAUUAGGAUUAUCAGUGAAAUCCUCCAGCACGUAAUAAGCAUCAUCUCAUCAAUGCUUUUUUAUUUCAAACUACCCAAUUAUUGCCAUUUUUAGAUUGCUCCCUGGACUGGGAGCUGGUAUUUACAGCAUUUCACUACUGCUUGUACAACCUGAAAUCUGCAAGACAGACAUCUUACUUAUAAUUAACUUCGCAGUUGGUCCAUUGUUGAAGAUUCACCUCUCAUUCAGCCUUCUCAGAGUAUUACAAGUCAGAAAUGGUCUAAUGCAUGCUAAAUAAUACAGGCCCUGUUAUUCCACACUGUGUGCUAUUUAUGUUGGAUUACAAGCCUCCUUGCCAAAAAUGUCCUCAAUUCUCAGGCUUUGAGAAAAUAAUUGGUACCUCACAGUCCCCUCUUUUUUGCACCAAUUAAAACCUGCAGGUGCACUAAUGUUGUCAUCUGGAAUCUUGCUGUUACAUCAGAGGUUAUUUUCACCAAAUGUGUGCUAUUAGUAAAAUUAGCCCAUCAGGGGAAUGGUGAAUGCUGUUUGUUGUUACAGUUCUGUCAAGGCUUUCCAAAUAUUUUACUAGUGUAAGACCAGAGAAUACAUUUUUUAUCUCUGAAGUAAACA